UCCCAGGACCAGUACCCAAUCAGGCCGUGGUUCCCCAUUGUUGAGGUAUGAUCCAAAGCGGGCAAACACAUCGUACGGGGAGAUCGUUGUUGGACGACAAGCUGCAAAACAGGGGCCAAAUAGAUGAGUGGAAGUGUUGACUUUUCUGAAGUGGAGCUACUGGAGAGCCGCAUCCAUCUGGGUGAAGGUGGACAGGGGUGAACUCUGGAGGUUCAUGGGGUCUUUGGACUACCACAAGAAGAUGAGCGGACCAAAUAACAUAAUGAACAUUCAUCUGAAAGCCAACCAACUUAUUAUCAUUUACUUUUGCCUCUCUUUGACCGGAGCCUCAGAAACGGAGCGAAGGCUCCAUCAGGAGAUAUUCAAGAACUACAACUUGAAGGUACGACCAGCUCGGUACUGGGAGGAGAAAGUGAUGGUGCGGGUCGGAAUGACUUUGUCCCAGCUCGUCAGCUUGAAUGAGAAGAACGGCGAGAUGACGACCAACGUGUUCAUGAAUCUGGAGUGGAAAGACUACCGCUUGUCGUGGGACCCAAAGGAGUACGACAACAUCGACGUUUUGAGGAUUCCCGCAAACAAGGUGUGGCGCCCCGAUAUCUACCUCAUAAACAACAACGACGGUCAAUUCGACGUCGCUUUAUACGUCAACGUCUUGGUGUACAAUGACGGGACAGUCAACUGGCUCCCGCCGGCCAUCUACCGUACUUCUUGCUCUAUCGAGGUUGCCUAUUUCCCCUUCGACUGGCAAAACUGCAGCAUGGUUUUCCGCUCGUAUACCUACGAUGCCUCGGAAGUCGAUCUGCAGUAUUAUCUGGACGAUAAUGGAAAAGAGAUCCGGGAGAUAGUCAUAGACGAGAAUGCCUUCACGGAGAACGGCGAGUGGAACAUAUGCCACAAACCUUCGAGAAAGAACGUCAGGGAGGAUCUGUACGAGGACAUCACCUUCUACUUGAUCAUUGAGAGGAAACCUCUUUUCUAUAUCAUCAACAUCAUCGUUCCCUGCAUUCUCACGAGCGUUUUGGCUAUUUUUGUCUUUUACCUUCCUCCCGGAGCAGGAGAAAAGAUGACCCUUUCCAUCUCGGUUCUCAUCGCCUUGACUGUCUUCAUGCUGCUGCUGGCUGACAGAGUCCCAGAGACUUCACUGGCCAUCCCAAUCAUCGUCAACUACGUGAUGUUCACCAUGAUCUUGGUCACAUUCUCCGUCAUCCUGAGUGUGGUCGUCCUCAACUUGCACCACCGCACACCCAGCACGCACAUCAUGCCCAGCUGGGUUCGCAGUCUCUUCAUCAACUUCCUGCCCAAGUACAUCGGCAUGACCCGGCCCGAGCAAGACGAGUGUAUUUUGAAGGAGGAUUCUUGUGACCAAACACCCCCACCAAGCUUCAACGGACGACAGCCCGGAGGGGAGUACUUUUUCCGCAAGAUCAACCCCGAUCUUGUUAUACCUUGGAGAGGCAGGUGCGAGACUCCAGUGCGGCUCCAAAGGCUUCCAGAGACAGACGGAUUCUGUCUGAUCCUUCCACCUAACCUGAAGUCGGCCAUCGCCGCGGUCACAUACAUGGCUGAUCAGCUGAAGAAGCAAGAUCUCGACGAUUCGAUGACAGAAGACUGGCAGUUCAUCGCCCUGGUGGUGGAUCGUCUCUUCCUGUGGCUUUUUGUUAUCAUCACCACUCUGGGCACUUUGGCAAUGUUCUUGGACGCCAGUUUCAACUACACACCUGACAAUCCAUUCCCAUAAGAGGGCGUCAAAUUGUCAAUAAGACCACAGCCUCCAGAUGGAUUCAUUUUAAUUUCCAACAUGGAUGAUCCUGGAAAAGUCCCAUUGGUUGACAAAUAGAUAUUGUCAACCUCAAUCAAUUCAUUCAUCAUUUGUAUUAAAAAAAAAAAUCUGUUUUAUAUUCACUUCUGGUGCACAACAACUCACUCCAGGAACAUAAUUGGCUGACAGAGCGCUUGUGAUGUCAGCGACCUAUUUUCAGGCUUGCUGGUGUGCAGCGAAGGGUCCGAGACACGCUGCGCAGUGUACGCACAAAUGCAGGCAAACGUGUUUGUUUUUUUGCCGCGGACAAAAGAAGGCCCCUCUCAUGCAGGACAACUCCACAGUCCACCAGUCCCUGUCCUGCUGCUAAUCCACUCAAGUUGGGCCUUGUUGCACAAGAAGCUUUUAGGAGCAAAACAACUGGUAUGAAGUUUUUUUUCUUUUUCUUCUUCUUUCAGGGAAAAGCUGUGCGUGGGCGCUUUAUUGUUAAUGCCUCGCUAACUUCCAGGGACACUUGUGGGACUUCAAUCGUCGGAAUAGCCCCCCUUCUUGUGCACUUCGGACCAGGAGGCCAGAGAAAUGUGAGGGAGGGGAAAGCCCCUUGCAUGUGAGAAUGCUCAAAGUUCUUGUCUGUGGGCUGAUUUAGCUUUUCUUCUAUUGUCCAUUCAACGACGUUCUCAACCAGUGAGUCAAAUGUCUUUACUGCUCUAAUAAAGCGAAACGUGGAGUGCAAGAAGAAGUCGGGGGGUGGGGGGCGGCUUGAUAGAGCAAUGCACUGUUUUCGUGUUCCUUGGAAGUCAAGGUCAUCAAAUAAAUCAGGUUACCAAUGGCGACAGCAUCGGUAGGCCCCAGACUGUCCACAAUCCCUCCUCCGCUUCAUCUGUUCUAACGUGGAAUGGCGACAUCAAAUGGGGAAAGUCCAGGGCAACAAUAAGGCAUCUCCCGCCGGCGGUGAAGUAGAAAGCAAGACAAAAGGUCAGGAUGAGUCACUGGAAGGCAAAAUAAGCUGGGGGCAGACCUUUGAAUAUCUGCGAUAGAAAGUUCCCAACUAAUGUGCCGUGUGAGAAAUCAAGCUGAGGAAAGUUAGACGUACAAGAAGUGAAGAAGUGAAAGCAGUCCUGCUCAACUCUCAAUCAAACACUACGACUACAAUCUGGAGUCCAUGGCAACCCAAAGUGAUUUGAUGGCCGGGGAAAAAUGAUCCCCUCGUAAGCCUUUUUGUCCAUGACAUCCGUGCACUCGAGGCUGACGACAAGGCACUCAAAAAAAUCAGUCAGCACAAAGCAACACCAAAUUUCUGAAUUCACGCAAGUUUGUUCCUUUAGAAUAAACAGCACGUCUUUGUUUUGCUAUCAAUGCCGACAAAGAAUAAUGACCAGCAGAACAAUUAAAUCUUCUUGGAGUAUUAAGUCAUUGAAAUCAUCAUUAGUCGUUACUUUUGGAUGUUUUUAUUUAAAAAUAUUACCUCAGGAAAGGCUGAAAUGUCAAUCUUCC